AUGUCAGGCCUAGAUGUGCUCGGUGGGAUCUCUGCGGUGAUCGGCCUCCUUGAUGCAUCGAUCAAGAUCUAUGAUAGUGCCCAGCAUGACAUCAAGUUAUCUGCAACUUUCGAAGUCAUUCGACUCCGCCUUCCGGUUCUCCUCCAUACCCUUGAGAUAUGCAAAAGCCAUCUGGGAUCUAGGCAAGAUGCAAUACCUGAAGAGAUUUGCGAGGCCUUGGAGAACACCCUCGAAAAUUGUGACGCAAAGGCAUCAAAUUUGAGAGCCAUCUUCGAGAGGAUCAUCCCCGGUGAAAGCGACCGAUGGAAUGUGCGAUAUUCAAAGAUCCUGCGGAGACUUGGCAAGGGCAACAAGGUCGAGGAACUAAUGACGUCUAUCACGGAGGACGUCCAACUGGUUGUGAACCACGAUGCAGUCCAUUCUGCGAAUGCACGAGAAAACCUGGAGCUUGAAAACAUUAUCCAAGAGAUGAAGUCGAUCAAAUCCUCAGUGUCUACCGAAGAUAGCUCCUCGAUGACAUUUAGUAGCGGCGGAGGGGCGCAAACGAAUAAUGUGAAUAACGGUAGUGGGCAACAGAUCAACAACAAUGGGCAUGUGGAAACGCAGAAUUUCAAUUCUGUCGCUUAUAAGCACAAAGAAGACUAUAGCUUCUAUGGCCCCAUCGGUCUCCAACUGGGCCAAGCGCCUCAUAUUGACCCAGAACUCUUUAUCGGUCGGAGUUCCGAGCUACAUAAAAUCGCGAGUAUCUUACAGCCUCUUCAUACUUCACGAAAACAGCGGCGCCUGUUUCUUGCUGGCCCAGGUGGCAUUGGCAAGACCCAGCUUGCCAUUGCUUUCGCGGAAUCUCAUCGUGACACCUACAAGUCGGUGCUUUGGCUAAAUGCGACAUCGGAAGCCACACUGAAAGACAGUUUUCGACGGAUCGCCUCGCUCAUAUUUUCUGUCCAGGAUCCUCAAGUACUAGAGAGUGUUACGAUCGGUGAACGUGUGCAGAGGUGGCUAUCAGAUUCGCAAAACACUCAAUGGCUCUUGAUCUUUGACAAUUAUGAUAACCCUAGCCACUUUCGCAUCAACGACUAUUUCCCAACCGCUUCCCAUGGAGCUAUAGUAGUGACAACUCGCCGCCUGGAUGUUGGCUCAGAUACUCUGCAAUUGAAGCCCUUGCAGGAUAUUUCAGAUGGCUUAGUUAUUUUGCAAUCCCGUUCAAAGAGAAUCAAUGCGCAAUCAGACCCGUUUGCGAAGCGCCUUGCUGAGCGCCUCAAUGGAUUUCCUCUCGCUUUGGCCUCUGCCGGAGUGUAUGUCCAGCUGACAGGAUUGUCAUUUGAGCGCUAUCUGCAAGACUAUGAAGCCCAUUUGAACAUCGAUCCUGACCGAUCGAUUUCACCCCAGGAGUACCACGAUCGGACCCUCUACACGACCUGGGAUAUAUCAUACUUUUAUCUCAAAGUCGAAGACGCAACUGCAGCAAAAUUGCUGAAAAUGUUGGCAUACUUUGAUAAUCAAAGCCUUUGGUAUGAGCUUUUUCAUGAUGGAAUUACCGAAAACUCUCCAGAGUGGCUAUGCAGAGUAGUAGCAAGUGAUGCUAUCUUCCGCAGAGUGAUGACUACCCUUACCAAAUACUCUUUUCUAGAAAUUGACGGGGCGUCAGGGUCAUGGAGUAUGCAUAAUUGUAUACAUGACUGGACACUAGCAACACUUAACAAGGAUCUCGAUAUGACUAAUUACUGGUAUGUACUUGAUUGUGUUGCUGCGUGUAUUACAAAGGUUGAUAGUGCGUCACUCGGGUAUACCUCCUUCGCUCCUAUCUCUCGUCACGCGGUACGGCUAUUAGACAAGCGCUUUCUUGGAAAAGAUAUGGUUUCUAACUCUAGUCUUGAUCGACUGAAUAAGGCAUCUCAUGUUUCAAUGCUACUACGAGAUCAAAUUCAGCUGGACAAGGCGGAGCAGAUGCUUAUGCGGGCGCUAGCUGGGAAGGAGAAAGCGCUGGGACCAGACCACACGUCAACCCUCGCCACUGUCAAUAAUCUCGGGGACCUAUUUUGUGACCAAGGCAAGCUGGACAAGGCGGAGCAGAUGCUCAUGCGGGCGCUAGCUGGGAUGGAGAAAGCGCUGGGACCGGACCAUUCGUCAACCCUUAGCACUGUCCACUCUCUCGGGGUCCUAUUUUGUGACCAAGGCAAGUUGGACAAAGCGGAGCAGAUGCUCAUGCGGGCGCUAGCUGGGAAGGAGAAAGCGCUGGGACCGGACCAUUCGUCAAUCCUUAGCACUGUCUACUCUCUCGGGAACCUAUUUCGUAACCUAGGAAAGUUGGACAAGGCGGAGCAGAUGUAUAUGCGGGCGCUAGCUGGGACGGAGAAAGCGCUGGGACCGGACCAUUCGUUAACCCUCAGCACUGUCCACGCUCUCGGGAUCCUAUUUUGUGACCAAGGCAAGCUGGACAAGGCGGAGCAGAUGUUUAUGCGGGCGCUAGCUGGGAUGGAGAAAGCGCUGGGACCGGACCAUUCAUCAACCCUCAGUACUGUCCACGCUCUCGGGAACCUAUUUUAUAAACAAGGAAAGCUGGACAAGGCGGAGCAGAUAUAUAUGCGGGCGCUAGCUGGGAGGGAGAAAGCGCUGGGACCGGACCAUUCGUCAAUCCUUAGCACUGUCCACUCUCUCGGGAACCUAUUUCGUAACCUAGGAAAGUUGGACAAGGCGGAGCAGAUGUAUAUGCGGGCGCUAGCUGGGACGGAGAAAGCGCUGGGACCGGACCAUUCGUUAACCCUCAGCACUGUCCACGCUCUCGGGAUCCUAUUUUGUGACCAAGGCAAGCUGGACAAGGCGGAGCAGAUGUUUAUGCGGGCGCUAGCUGGGAUGGAGAAAGCGCUGGGACCGGACCAUUCAUCAACCCUCAGCACUGUCCACGCUCUCGGGAUCCUAUUUUGUGACCAAGGCAAGCUGGACAAGGCGGAGCAGAUGUUUAUGCGGGCGCUAGCUGGGAUGGAGAAAGCGCUGGGACCGGACCAUUCGUCAAUCCUUAGCACUGUCCACUCUCUCGGGAACCUAUUUCGUAACCUAGGAAAGUUGGACAAGGCGGAGCAGAUGUAUAUGCGGGCGCUAGCUGGGACGGAGAAAGCGCUGGGACCGGACCAUUCGUCAACCCUCAUCACUGUCAAUAAUCUCGGGAUCCUAUUUUAUGACCAAGGCAAGCUGGACAAGGCGGAGCAGAUGUUUAUGCGGGCGCUAGCUGGGAUGGAGAAAGCGCUGGGACCGGACCAUUCAUCAACCCUCAGUACUGUCCACGCUCUCGGGAACCUAUUUUAUAAACAAGGAAAGCUGGACAAGGCGGAGCAGAUGCUUAUGCGGGCGCUAGCUGGGAGGGAGAAAGCGCUGGGACCGGACCAUACGUCAACACAGAAAACUGCCAGUGAUCUAAGGAAAGUACGUCAUCGCUUGGCUAAACCGAGCAACUAG